AAUAAUUCGUGGUUGUGCUCUAACAAACCUUUGUUGUUUCAGUUCGCUGUCUAUAAACAAAUAAGUCGGUGAUAACAAUUAGUUCAUACCAGCGAUCCAAGCGUUAAUUAUGUAAAGUACGUUCACUCCUUCCCGCAGCGACAAGGAUGUCAGGUCGAAACAAUUCUUUGCACUUUGCUUUGCGUUCGUCUGCGGCAAUGUUCCGUGACGCUAAUGUAAAAUGUGCACAUACUCGUUAUCGGUCGUUGUGCUCGUUAUUUGAAAGAUGUGCGAAUAUGUGCAGGGGAGAACUGGCGAUGGAACGUUGUUACGCCUUCACGCCCUCAUAAAUUCAUGAAGUUCGUGAAUUCGCAAUUGUGGCCGCAUGAGUAUCGUUAUGAAAAGGCUGCGGGGAAAAAAAUUGCAGGCUGAAUCUAUUGUAGAAUUUAAAUCUGAGCCUGUUUAAUAAUUUGUCAUAAAGUUUAGAAGAUAACCUCAAAAAGGUUGUCAUUAUUGCAGGAAGUCAUAUCCCGAGCGGCCGUUUUAAGGGAGUUAAUUUGAUAUUCUGAAUUUUGAGAAGAUGACUGAAGUAACGACGAAAGUGACGUUUGAUUCUUUACCGAAUGAGAUCCUGUUAAAAAUUUUUACAUAUCUGGACAGUGAAGACGUAUGUUUAAUAGUAGCCGAAGUUUGUGAACGAUGGAAUUAUAUAAGUCGCGAUGUAACGUUAUGGAACAAUUUAAACUUAAUUUGCAGCAACAAUAUGAGCAUAGAUUACCUUGAAUUUGUGUUACCGAAAAUGCCUCUCAUAAAAUCUGUUAAGCUUCAGUGGCGAACUGAUGUAGAUUUAAUAUUCAAGCUACUUUGCCACAGUUGUGAAGAAAUUCGUCAGUUGGAAUUGGUAUGUUGUGGGAAGAUGAAGGAUUCUUGCAUGCAGCUUUUGACUGACCAUUUUCCAAAUCUUGAAGUUUUUAGCUUAGGAAAAUGUUGGGCCAUUGAACCGAAUUGUUUUAACUUAAUUUGCAAGUUUUCACAGCUGAGAAAAUUAAAUGUGUCACAUAGCAGAUGUUUGGAUGGCCCAUUACUUAAAGCGAUUGCUGAUGCAUGUUGUUUUUUGCAGCACAUCAAUCUUGAUUAUGUUAGAGGGCUUUCAGAUGACAGUGUCAUGUAUUUAUUAGAAUCAAAGAAUGGUCUGCUGUCAUUAAUAUUAUAUGGUGAAUGCCUUACGGAUGUCGCAUAUUGUUACAUGGAAAAUUGUAAGAUGCUACAUACUUUACAUUUAUCAUCAUGCAUUCAGAUGACAGAUAAGGGGUUAAGGAGCAUCACAAAAUUAAAUUCACUCAAGUCAAUUAAACUGAGAUUGGCAAAAAACCUAAGUACAGAAGGCAUAAGUAAUUUCUUGCAAAGUCGUAUGGCAUCAAAACUGGAGUGUCUGAUUUUAUCUCGGUUGCUCAGUAUGAAUGACGUUGCUGCUCAUAUUAUUUCGAAGAAUUGCAUUCGUGUGCGAUAUCUAGAGCUGGUGUAUUGUCCAAACAUUACAUAUCAGAUCCGAGAAUGUCUUGUUUCUGGCUGUAAGGAGUUGAAGGUUCUGCAUUUCAGACAAAAUGGUCACACAGAUAUAUUGAAUGCCGUUAAUUAAGGAUUCACUGUUGUUGUUUAAGGGUUGAAAUAGUGUCACUACUGUAUUCAGUAAUGCCAUCUUAUUUAUGCUGUUUAGUAGUAUUAGCUCUCCUGCAAGUGUGAUGUCUACUUAUGGCCCCCAUACACACACAGUUUGGCCUCCCGUUCAGCCUGCACAGUUGAAGGCUAAAGGGCAAAACUGAUGUGUGUGGUGCGGCCAGUCGGCCAAUCGUUUGGAAUGUUGGCCUGUAGGAAACCCGUCAGCCCGUCAGUUCUACCUGCAGGACCAUAGCACGUGAUGUGUGUGAUUCAGCAAUAGAGGCUGGAAGACCGUGACCGUGGCAUGAAGCCUGCCGGUUUAUCUAUGCGUGUAUGGGGAAGGAACGGGAGAGGGCAAACUGAAAGUUUAGCCUGUAAGGUCGAUCGGAAGGCCAAACUGUGUGUGUAUGGGGCGCCUUAGGCCUAAUGAAGGCGAGCAUUUGGAAUAUAUAGGUCCUCAUAAUUAAUAGGUCUCUGUAACGAUUUGAUUGUCUAGUCAUCAGAUAAGAUGAAUGAUCUUAUACCAUUAAUUGUUUAAUCCUACAAUGUAACAAUUUGAGUUUAAGUAUUAUAUGCUAUAUGUAUGGCAUGUUUAUUGCUAUUUUAGUGUUAAUUCAUAACCUCAGAAAAUAUUAUAUUGUAAGCCAUUAGUAACUUUCUGCUUUCCUUAAUUGAAGGGCAGUCUGAAAAAAGUCUUAAGUUUCCAUUUCAAAUUAAUUCUUACUACUUAAUGUUUAUUCUCACAUGAACUAAUGCAGCAGUUAUAGGAUUUUGAUAGUUACUGCACUGUUACAUUUCGUUCACAAUCCUACUGUUUGUACAAUAUGUUUCAGCUUUAUAAGGCCUUUCUCAAGCACCUAUCUUAUGUGUAAGCUGCUUUACUGCAUCAUUUCCUUAUUGAAGGAAGCACCAAUUAGAAUUAAUGUAAAAUUAAGUUGGAAGUUAAAUUGGUUAAAAUAGUUAAAUGCUUUUAAAUUUACAUGGGUAGUAACUCAAGUUUUCCACAAAUUUUCACUUUUUGAAGGUGAGUACUGCAGUGCACAUUUUUUCCUUUACUUUACUUUACUUUACUUUAUUUAUUGCAUUCUGUCAAUCCAUAUAAGGUCAAACCAACCUACUGGAUAUAGAAUCUGUCAUGUUUAAACAUAAAAUAAUAAAAUAUACAUUCAUAACCAUGUCUGAACGUAAGAUAAUAAAAUAUACAUUCCUAACCUGUACAAGGACAAAUGAAAACACUAAGAACCACUAUAAAUUAGUGCAGUCCUAUACAAUAAUACAAACACUGAUACAGUUGUAGUAGAUACAUAAGCUGUGUAAUUAUAUUAUCCGUAGGAGAGACAAUCAAGACAAAGUGUUCAUUGAGAAGUUGAUUUAUAGUAUUCAUCAAUACUAUAAAAAGCAUGUUCAGUGAGAUAGCUUUUUAAUAAAAAUUUGAAUUCUUUAAUAUCUUUGGAUAGCAAUUUAAUGUUUGAGGGUAAGUGGUUAUAAAUCUUGCUACCUGAGAAAAGCACUCCUUUUUGAACUAUUGAUGGAUUUGUAGAAGGUAAAUAUAAAUUGUGAUUAUAACGUCUGUUGAUAUCAUGAAUAACAGUAUUAGCAAUAAAAUAAUUUCUGUUCUUAACGACAAAAAGAAGUAAGGAGAAAAUGUACUGAGACUGAAGUGGCAAUAUUUGUAAUUUUUUAAACAAUCCGCGGCAUGAAUCCAGUCUACCCAAACCAGAUAUAACUCUUAUUAUUCUUUUUUGAAUUUUGAAGAUAAACUCAUUAUGAGGGGCAUUACCCCAAAAGAUAAUACCAUACGACAAUAAAGAAUGUACAUAGGAAUAAUAGAUCAUCCUCAUUGAUUCUAGUGACAUAAAUGGCUUUAUUGCCCUUAUUGCAUAACAAGCCUUAAUGAUAAAUCCGUAAUAUGGUUCUUCCGAGAUAAGGUACUAUCAACAUUUAUUCCCAAGAAUUUAGUACAAUUGAUAUUUGUAAUAAUUGAAUUAUUAGAUAUUAUUUGCAAUUCUAUUUCCCUGUGCUUUUUUAGAAAGAAUUGUAUAAGGUGUGAUUUAUCACAAUUUAAUGUUAGAAAGUUACUAUUAAACCACAUAAUUGUUUCAUCAGAACUAAUUUGAUAUUAUUUUUAAAUUUUUCAGGAUUCGUGUUUGAUAUAAUACUUGUAUCAUCAGCAAAUAAUAUUGGAUUACCUAUUUUCCUAACGGAUAAUGAGAAAUCAUUUAUGUAAAUAAGGAACAAUAAAGGCCCCAAAAUAGAGCCUUGUGGAACUCCAUGUUUAACUAUUUCCCAUUUUGAAGACACUUUAUUAAGUUCGAUAUCUUUCUUUGAUACCCUCUGAUAUCAAUUUUGUAAGUAUGAUCUCAUUAACUUAUUUACCAUAUCCGAGACUCCAUAGAAUUCCAUUUUUGCCAGGAGUAUUUUGUCGUUAACACAGUCAAGACGCCUUUUGUAGGUCACAGAAUAAACCAACAUAAUUCUUUUUGUCUAAAGAAGACAAUAUAUUAUUUAAAAGAAUGUGUGUUGCCAUUUCAGUAGAUGAUUUUUCCUUAAAUCCAAAUUGUUUGGUGACCAAUAUAUUGUGCUUAUUUAUAUGGAAGUAUAAUCUUUUAUAAAUGAUUUUUUUGAUAAUUUUGGAAAAAGUUGGGAGGAGCGAGAUAGGCCUGUAAUUCGUAAAUUCUGAUUUAUCACCCUUGUAUAACGGCUUAACUUCUGAGAAUUUCAAUCUAUCAGGAAAUGUACCUGUUUGUAGGAUCUUGUUAAAUAUGUAUGUUAAGGGUGAUAAGACAUAUGGAGCACUAAAUUUCAGAAUUCUUAGUGAUAUCUCAUCAUAUCCAUGAGAGUUCUUAGGUUUUAGUGAAAAUAUUAUUUUUUCAAUUUCAUGGGUAUUCGUAUUACUAAGUUUCAUAGAUGGAAACGAAUGAUAAAAAUUCUGAUGUAAAUAAGAUAAAGAGUCUUUAUUAUUAACAGAGGCUUUCCCCGAGGAGUUUUAAGUAAUUUUUUGGCUACAGAUGAGAAGUAAUCGUUAAACACAUUUGCUAUAGCUAUGGAGUUACCAGAUAAUUGUUUUUUUAAGUUCAUUGUAGUUACAUUCUCAUUAGGCCCUUUAUUAUUAAUAAUGGUUUUUACUAUAUUCCAAGUAGUUCUAGUCUUAUUGUUACAUUUUAAUAAAAGUUUAUUAUAAUAGUAUUUUUUUGCAGUCAUAAUAACCCUGGCUAAGAUUCGACAGUAUUUCUUAAAGUGUUCUUUGAUAUUAGGAUCAUUGCUGUUUCUGUAAGCUAGAUAAAGUUUCCUUUUAUUAGCACAUGAUGUUCUAAUAUCGGAAGUUAGCCAUGGUUUUAGUUUAUACGAAUAUAGGGAUUUUACCACAGGAAAGCAUGCAUAGCAAAUUCUAAGAAAUGUGUUCAAAAAAUUAUUAAAAGCCAUAUUCACAGUAGUUUCAGAAAAAAAUCUUCCCAAUUUUCAUAGCUUAACAAAAAAUGUAAAUUGACCUAUUGAGUAGUUAUUGAUAUCUCUCCUAAAGUAAUAUACCUGUUUAGGGAUAGGAAUAGUAAUAUUAUUUAAGGUGAUGACCUGAGCAUCAUGGUCAGACAGACCAUUAAUAAGAGGAUGUACAGAAAAUUCGUGCAAAUUGGUAUUAAUAUAUAUAUUAUCUACUAAGGUGCAGGAAUUAUUAAAAAUUCUCGUAGGAAAAUUAAUUGUACUAAAAAGAUUAAAAGAAGCUAAGAGAGAGUUUAAAAGAUCUUUCCUACUAUUAUCAUUAAAAUAGUUUAUGUUAAAGUCACCACAUAAAAUUAAUUCAUUUGAUUUUGAUUUGUUUCAUUCUGGUCCGUCACACUAACAAUUACAAACAUAAAUCACAUUGGACUGAGUGAUUUAUAUUUGUAAUUAAUUUGAUAUUUUAUGCACUUUGUUAAGAAUUAAUUCCAGUUGGUUUAAGAAGUAAGAAAAAUUGCCAGUAGGGGAUCUGUACAUACAGAUGAUAAUAUAGUGGUUUGAUGUAAAAGGUAACUUUAAAGCAGAAAUUUCAAGGUCCUUCUCUUUAUUAAAUUGGUCACGAUUAAUAGUAGAAAACUGAAUAUUCUUAUGAACCAUAACACACGCUCCUCCAUGACUAUGUUGUCACAUGUUGGGUGUGUCACGCGACAAAUUCAGGUGGGUCUCGAAUUUGGCAAAUCUUUAUUGGAUACUCACUCUUACACUCUUUACAAUUGUUAUUACUUCAACUGUAUUCUGCGGCGGCUAUCUUUCAACUGUAUAGUAUGGCGACUAGGUUCCAACUGUGUUGUUGCUCUCUGUGGCUCUCGGCUUAUGUAGGUGUUCUGCGGACUCAGUAGAAGACACCCCUCGCCAAGGUUCGAUCUCAUGUGUUUGGCAAUCUGUUGCUUCAGGAACGCUGUUUAUACACUGGUAACAUGUUUCGUCUCAUCCGUUGUUACUCAACGGGCCUUCUGUUGUUCAUCUCUAAGAAAACGCUGCUUCAUUGAUUCUGCAAUUGCUAUGCAAUGGCCCACUGUUAUUGCAUUACCAUGGAAGUAUCUACUCCAGACACGUUACAAUAUAUUUU